AACCACCCCCGCGGAACGGUCACACUGCUGCGAGUCUGAAUAUUUUUUGCUUUGUGUCGCGUUUUAAUGUGAAAAGAAAAACAGUUUUUCAACGGUUACGGGCGCAGAAAAGAGUACAAAACAUUGCGAAUACGGAGUGCGCGAAAAUGCAGGCGGGUCAGCACUAAGUGGGAGCCGCAUUUCCCCCGAUUUCCGCCGUGCUGGGAGCCAACGUUGGCAGCCCGAAUCCGAAUCUCCAGCGCACUCGUUUAUUAUUAAACAACGGGCAGAGAAAAAGCAGAAUCCAACCCAAAACCCAGCAAACAUGUACAACAACGGGGCCAGGGGCUUCUCCAUUCACGACGCCUUCGAGGAGGAGACCGACGAGGCGAUACGCGUCUAUGGCUCCACCGUGAUAUCCACGCCCAUGAGAGGCAAGCAAGGUCGCUCCACCGAAGACGUCUCCAUCCGGAUUCAGGAUCCCAAGGGCUACAACAAGUAUGCCGAGGACACAACCUCCCGGGACAGCGACUCGCUCAUCCAGGAGUACGGCAACCUGCCCACGGAGGAGACCAACACAUACUGCUGGCGGCAUCCCAAGGUGCGCGAGAACUGGCGCACAGUGCUGGCCGCCUUUACGCUCCUGGUCGUGGGCACGGGCCUCUUUGUGAUGGGCACCUUCGCCAUCGCGGAUCCGCAGAACACGUCGCAGGGAGUCGUGUUCUUCGUGGCCGGACUCAUCUGCUUCAUACCCGGGGCCUAUCACGUCGUGUACAUCUGGCUGGCAGCCAAAGGAUAUCGAGGGUUUGACUUCUAUCACCUGCCGCUGUUCACAUAAACGGACAUCUGGUUGUCCUGUUUGAGCUGGUUUAUCCACUGACGGAGAGUGGGAGAAGCCCCAUCUAUAAAUAUAAAUCUGUGUUUGUUUAUACAUGUAUAAACAACUUAUUUUCUACAUUGUAAUCGUAAUUAACCCGAAACUCGGUUUGUGUAACGUAUUUUUUGUGUUUAGCGGCAAAAAUUUCGUUUAGACAAAGAUCCCCCCAAAACCCGAAUCAAAAUCUAGCAAUAUAUAGAUUAUAUAUUUUACAAUAUUUUCUAUUAUGUACUCCGUAAAGUGUUUUGUAUGCUCCCUCCAAAACAACCCAAAAAAAAAAAAAAAGAAAAACAUUCAUACGUACACUCGAAAUUUAUUUAAACAAAAGAGAAAAAACAAACGAAAGACUUUGUAUAUGAUGCUAACAUGUUGAGGAAGCGCUAGAGUUAUAACGUAUACUAUAUAUAAAUUGUAAUUUAUUGAAAUUUAAUUGCACCAAAAACGCUGCAAGGCGUGCGAAAAUGUUUUACGAUUUUCAAAACCAACACUCAAGAAACUAAAAAGAUUAACAACCGUACACCCACGAAUCUAUGUAUAUGAUUAGUGAGCGUCUGUCCAGGGAUGCGCCUUAAAGAACUAGAUCUAGACUUUAGUCAACGUCGAAUUAUGAUUAUGAUUAUGUUAAAACCUAAUCGAAUGCAGCGAGGAUUCCUCGAGCAACCAAGAUACCAUGAUAAUACCAAGCUACUAGUGAUGUAAGACGAUGCGCCGAUAUUGCAAUACGUUCUUUUAUAGCUAUAGUGAUGACGCGACUCUUUUCCGCUGACCUUUAACCCCGUCCUCUAAUGAAAUUACAUCUCACACUCACCCACAUUUCUGAGUACUAAUCACACAGAAUCACACCUCAUCUGCCGCUUAGUUGUUAAUGUCGUAUAAUUUCUUUUUAAGAAAUGCUGAAUAUGGUUGUAUUAAAACGAAAAUGAUUUUCACACUCAGAAAACCCAAGAAAACAAUCAAAAAAACAUACAAUAAAUUUACUUAAAUUACAACACAAUUUAUAUUUAUGGCUAAUACAGGACUCCUUUUUUCGAAAUUUACACGAAACCCCUUUUCUAGAUGUAAUUUUGUGACUUUUGUAUGUAUUUUCCCAUUGAAUGUUGGUUUUUAUUUGAAUUAAAAAUAUUAUUUUUGAACAUUUCUUUUGUUCUUAUUUUUUGGGAGUUUACUUUAAUGCCGCGGCAUUCAGCGAUAUGAUUUUAUUUUAUCAACAGUUUUUUGCUUUUUGGACGUGUUUAAUUGUUUCUUCUUUUUUCGUUACUUUUUUUUUAGCACUCUUUUGGAAAUUACUUUCAUUUCCUUACGCAGCUAAAAAUGAGCGAUAAAUUUUAUCUUUCUUUUGCGGCAUGCCCAUUGAAGUGUAUCAAACUCCAAUCAUUAUCAAGUUCACCCUCAACGCGACAGUGCGUUUCAGGACUGUAAGAUAAGUCGGAUGCGGGUAUGCCCAUUUGAAUAUCUUUUCGUAGAUUAUUUUGUACUAAACUGAAUUACAAUCAAUUUCAUUUACUAGUUAAUGUCCUAAAUGUUUGUAUAUUUAUAAAUUAGCUGAUAAGCUAUUUGCUUUCCCUUUCCGCUCUCUUGCUACAUCUUUUUGAUAGCGCGGUAAUUAAACCCUGAAAUAUGUAUGUAUACAGCCAUGAAACGCACUGUCUGCCAACUCCAGCUCCGAACCAGGCCCAAAGUCCUCUUGGUCAAAUGGAAUCGGUUGCCGCGGCUAAUGGCUAAUGGCUAAUGGCGAUGCAAAUGAGAUGAAGUGAAACGUUAGAAACAAUCAAAUCGAAAUUGGCAAUGGAAUAGGAUAGAUACUUGCUCAAUAUACGAAGUUAACGACGGCUCUAAUAGGUUUAAUUAUAUUGGUGUUGUGCGCCUCCCCGAAUCGAUUAUUUUUGUAGCUUUCGAACUUAUUUGAAUUGUAUUUAAAUAAUUGUUGCCUCGAUUCCACUCGGUUCGGUUCGAUUCGAUUCGAAUUGACCCCUCGGUUCGACCGUUGAUGAUUAAGCUUUAAAUGUGCUUAGCGAAGUAAGUGUGGAAAUGGAAUAAAGUGCAUGGAAAUUAAGCGCCAAA